UUAAUCAAAGCUACCGUUCCAAAGAAGGACCCCUCAAUUGACGAUUGGCAUAGAACACUACCAUAUCAGCCCCAUAUGGCGAUAUUCGAUUCAACACAGCAAUUACACGGUCGACGCAAUGCCCAGCAGCAGCCUCUUCAGAUGAAACAGCGCCGAGCAGCAAACCACUGCUCUCGACACUGCCACCCCCGCCUCCAUACAUAAGCCACGACCAGUACCAACAUGAAGUGCCAAUAGCCGCGCACUCAGUCAUGCCCCCAGGUUGUCGUCAUGAGGGUUACGAAUACCAGCAGCUGGUGAUCCACGAGGUGAUAUCACAUCCCUACAGCGACUUAUCACGACCAGCCAGCCCCGAUGACGUACCCCUUGCGCACCUCGUCGCGGCGCAAACGUACCUCGAGGACAGCGACGCGUCAUGUACAGGCGAAGCACCACCGUCGUAUGCGGUUGCUGUACGACAGAGCUACCGCGACACGCUGAUCCAGCACAUUCCGCCCGGGCAAGAGGGGUACGGCGAUGUAGAUGACGAAAGCGAGGUGGACAUGGACAUGGAGAGGCCGGACGAUGUGCGGUAUUCUGUGGAGAGGAUUGCGGCUAUGUUUGUGGUUGCGUUUGUGCUGCUGGUCGUGUCGGUCGUGCUGGGGUGGAUGGUGUUGAGUGGGGCGUUGGAGUGAUGUUGUAGUAGGUAUGAACAGGGGACAAGUAGGUUUAGAGAAGAAAGGAAAUAUUAGAGGAUAAAGGAAAGACGGGAUAAAGGGACGGGGAUGGGAUGGACAGGAACAACAACAACAACA